CUUUCACUACCUUUCUAUUGGUAGAUAUUGCAAUUAGUGUGCAUCGUGGGUGGAUCUAUGGUUGACCCUGGUCUGUUCCCGAGCACGCAAUGAAGUUCCAACUUCGCGCGAUGGGCGUGGGUCACUCAAGCCAUGACGAUGUUGGAGUGUAUACAAAACCAGAGUCUUCUUGGCCUUGUGAGUCUUGAGAACUCAAACUUCAUCUGUAACCAUGAUCAAGAGUCAAGUUUUACUAUUUCUGUCCUUGGGGCUAACUGCUGUUACGGGCCGUUCUGCUAAGCCCAACUUUAUCUUCAUCAUUACUGAUGAUCAGGACUUGCAUCUAAAUUCUAUCGACUACCAGCCUUCGGUACAGAAGCAUUUUGCCCAAGAAGGUACCUGGUUCAAGAAGCACUUUUGUACUGUGGCAUUGUGCUGUCCAUCGCGGGUGUCCCUCUUAACAGGAAAAGCUGCCCAUAACACAAAUGUCACGGACGUCUCUGCUCCUUAUGGGGGAUAUCCUAGGUUUAUCGAGGAAGGGUUCAAUGAUCACUACCUUCCGGUAUGGCUUCAAGAGGCGGGAUACAACACCUAUUACACUGGCAAGCUUAUGAAUGGUCAUUCUAUCACCACAUAUGAUGCACCACGAGCCAGUGGUUGGAAUGGAUCCGACUUCUUGAUUGAUCCAGGAACAUACGUCUUCUAUAACUCCACUAUGACUCGUAACCAUGACCCCUACAAAAAUCUACCAGGAGAGUAUUCGACCGACCUAGUAGCCAAUGCUGCAGUUGGUUUCUUGGAAGAAGCUAUUGCCGCAUCUGAUCGACCGUUCUUCAUCGGUGUAGCGCCUAUAGCUCCUCAUUCAGAGACAGUCACCAACCCACGGCCUGCCAAGUUCAACCCACCAGUUCCUGCAAAGAGACAUGAGCAUCUCUUUCAGAACGUCACGAUACCUCGAACACCCAACUUCAAUCCAGACAAACCAGGAACAGCAUCCUACUUCAAGACCCUCCGCCAACUCAACCAAUCCGAGAUAGACUACAACGAUGAUUGGUACCGAAAGCGUCUACAAUCUCUGCAAUCGGUGGACGAGCUCAUCGAUUCCAUCGUUGCACGUCUGGAGGCAACCCCAGAGGUUCUUGAAAAUACUUACUUGAUUUACACAACAGACAACGGCUUCCACAUCUCUCAGCACCGCCUCCCGCCUGGAAAAAGCUGCGGCAUUGAGGAAGAUGUCAACAUACCCUUCUUCAUCCGCGGUCCUGGUAUCGCAAAAGGCGCUGUCCAAACUAUUCCUUCUAGCCACACUGAUAUCGUCCCUACGCUAUUUCAUCUAGCUGGUAUACCUUUGCGAGAAGACUUCGACGGGGAACCUAUUCCUGUCACUGAAGAGCUGCUUGCGCGGAACGAGAAAAGCGAACAUAUCAACAUUGAAUUCUGGGGUAAUUACCUAGUUGAAGGAAAUACCUUCUUCGGGCAGAGCUCUUUGUUGAACAAUACGUAUAAGACUGUAAGGGUGGUGGGAGAGGAGUACGACUUGGCGUAUACUGUGUGGUGCACUAAUGAACAUGAACUAUACGAUAUGACGAACGAUCCUUAUCAGCUCGAAAAUCUUUACAACACGAACAGCACAGCCAUAAACGGGUGGUCUAUAAAUAAGGUCACGUCGAGACUCAAUGCUUUGUUGCUUACGCUCAAGCGUUGCAAGGGCCGUGUUUGUACGAGGCCCUGGGAGAAAUUACAUCCAGGAGGUGAUGUGAAGAGCUUGGGCGAUGCAAUGGAGGGGAGGUACGAUGUCUUUUAUCUGGAGAAGCAGCAUCAGGUCACUUUUGAAGAGUGUGCCUUAGGUCAGGUGUUGAGUUUUGAGGGGGCUCUAGAGCCGGUAAUCUGGCAGGAGGAGUGGGAUGCUUGGAGCUGGGCUACUUGAACAAGAGAGUCAGUGCUAUAGUCUUGGGGGGCAGCUCUCCAAGUGCCUCACUUGCAAAGAAGGAAGGAAAGAAAGAAAGAAAAUGAAGCUCCCCCUGAGAAACGAAAGACAGGAAGCAUUUGCGUAUCAUCGGCGAUGCCGAGAAAUGGCCUGUGUGAUGUCAAUCAUCAGUUUCUCCAUAGAGUCAAAAGAAGUAUAGCACAUAUCGCCAGACUUGCUCCACAUUCCGACAUCAUCGCCCAACCCAAUCUAUAUCGGUUCGUCUAUGUAGCGGUAUCAGAGUACCCGAGUGAACUUAUUUCGAUAGAAACAUCGGAGAUACAUCC